UCGCCAGUGGUCGCCAGUCGGAAUCGUUCUUUAUCCACGUCGCGAGCGAGAGAGAGAGGAGUUGAGUUUUUGCAACGAUUCAUGUACAUACAUAUCUCUCAAGAUAUACGGCGAAAUUUGCGACGACAUCGCAUGAUCGUUUGCGGGAACGUGACGUUGAUGACUGACAAGGUCUCUCGAAAGUGAUUCUCGCGUCGCGGAAUAUGCUGGCUUUGAAAGCGACCGUUGUUAGUUGCUCCUUUAGACGCACUCGUGUCCUUCAGAAUUUCCUGUUGAGAGGUAACUCGGCCGCCUCUGUCGAACCUGAGGGGAAGAUGUCGUUCGAGGACGAGAAACAAAAAUUCUUGAACAUGUCGGCAGAAGAAAAGAGAAGCUUUUACAAAGCAGGAGUAACGACUCUCGACCAGAUUCCCACAUGGUCAAAGUACUGGGACAAAAACAAGUCCAAUAUCACUAAGACCAUAGAAAAGGUUGAAAAAGUUGACGGGACCAUAGCUAAGAAAGUAUCGAUGUGGCAAGGAGACAUAACGUCUCUUGAGAUAGAUGCGAUUGUCAACGCUGCUAAUUCGAGUCUUUUGGGAGGUGGUGGAGUCGACGGAGCCAUUCAUCGAGCAGCAGGACCAAGUUUAAGGAAGGAAUGCGCGACGUUAGGAGGAUGCAGAGUUGGCGAAGCUAAAAUUACCGGGGGUUACAUGCUGCCAGCUAAAUAUAUUAUCCACACGGUUGGUCCACAAGGUGAGAAGCCGGAUAAAUUAAAAGAAUGUUACGAGAAUAGUCUGACUCUGGCUAAAGAGAAUCGUCUACGCACUAUCGCAUUUCCAUGCAUAUCAACUGGAAUUUAUGGAUAUCCACAAAGGCCAGCGGCAAAAGUAGCUUUAUCAACCGUUAAGAAAUUUCUCCUCGAUAAUAAAGAUGCCGUGGAUAGAGUCAUUUUUUGCUUAUUUCUGGAAACUGACAAAGACAUAUAUGAGGAGCUAUUGCAAAAAUACUUUGCUCUUAAUUAAAUAUUUCUUGGUAGAUAAAUUUCUACUUCUGCAAAAUCUGUCACAAUGUAUUUGGUGUAAUCUUAGACAUUGUAUUUGAAGAUUAAUAUAUAAUACUAUAGAUUCAUAUAGAACAAUACUAGGUAAUUUUAAUCAUUUUAAUCUAUUUUAAAUCAUCUUAUUUUCUUCCUAACUUUAUUUCAACGCCAAAACGAAUACGAUCAUACAUAACAUAGAGAAGUUAUUAUCUAAUUUUAUUCGUUAAUUUAAAAAAGUUAAGACUGCUUUAGAACAAAUUUCCUUCAUUAAAAAAAAUUUUUUAAUCUAA